GCUCAUUGGGGAGACACCUGACGUCUCCACGUGUACGCGCACCUCCUGUGUGGCUGGAAAUUAAAGUGUAAAAGGCUCCACGCGUGUUACCGGCAGCCACAUCCACAGACCAUAUGGAAAUGGAGUAAGUGAGAGUGCGGUUCAUCUCUGAGCAUCCCCACAUUCACAUUAGUCCGUGCGCAAUGGCACCGAGCGCUCCUCCGGCUCCUCCCGCUCGCCUCGUAUUACUGGACCCAAAGACCGGACAACUUUUAACUCUGCACGGAUGAUGCUUUUGCUCGAUGGCAUCUGAUGAAUUCUUCACUUCAAAACAGUAACAGGUCUGCCAAACGUCUCACCUCCCAUGUCACCGGGACGUCUCCAUGGCGAUGUUUAGCAGCGCAGAGCGGCUCUGGAACGAGUCAGACCACCUCGGGUGGGAUGAGAGGAAUGAGAGCGCAGAUACCUCAGGGCAAGAUGAGGGGGAGCGGAACUACUACGCCAUGCUGUACUCACUGCUCAUCCUGGCCAUUGUGUUUGGGAACGUGCUGGUGUGUCUGGCCGUGCUGAGGGAACGCUCCCUCCAGACAACCACCAACUACCUGGUGGUCAGUCUGGCUGUGGCUGACCUGCUGGUGGCUUCACUGGUCAUGCCCUGGGCUGUGUACCUAGAGGUGGUCGGCGGUGCCUGGCUUUUCAGUCGCUUCUACUGUAACAUCUUUGUCACGCUAGAUGUGAUGAUGUGCACUGCCAGUAUCCUCAACCUGUGUGCUAUCAGCAUUGACAGGUACACAGCAGUGGUGAUGCCUGUCCUGUACAACACCACCCAUCGUUCCAGGAAAAGAGUCUUUGCAAUGAUUUCUGUUGUGUGGGUCCUAGCCUUCGCUGUCUCCUGUCCUCUGCUGUUUGGCUUCAACACCACAGAUGACCCGAUGGUGUGCUCCAUCUCCAACCCAGACUUUGUGAUCUACUCCUCGGUGGUGUCCUUCUAUCUGCCCUUUAUCGUCACCUUGCUGGUUUACAUCCGCAUCUACGUCUUCCUGAGGAUGAGGCGGAAGAGGAUCACAUUUGGUCAGACCAGCGGGAAGGUUCAGCCAGGCUCGAUCCCACCAUCUGUGGAGACCUGUCUACAAGAAGAAACUCCCAAGGCGAAGCAAGACCUGUCACCUAUAAGGAUUAAAGUGCAGAGUGUAGAGCCUUCAGGUCCUUCCAAGCCCACCCUACUGUCAGGAUGUUUGUGGCGCAAACGUCCAAAAACUGGACCUGUGGAAAACUCAGUGCUGCCCCCGGUGGACACACAAAACUACUGCAGCAUCAGCCAUGCCUCCUGUGGCCGCACCGAGCUAGAUUUGGAAGAGCGAGGAGGGGAGGGGGAGGAAGAGGGAAGCAACCCGAGCGACCAUCCUCCUGCCCGGAUGAGCUGUGAAGUGAAGGACCUGUCCAAUGGGCGAACACACACGUCACUGCGGCCCAUACCUCACUCUCACAUUAACAAUCCACGAUUCAGGAGCAUGCAUGCACGAGAGAAAAAGGCCACUCAGAUGCUGGCCAUUGUGCUUGGGGUGUUUCUCAUCUGCUGGCUGCCUUUCUUUGUGACUCACAUUCUGAACACCCACUGCAGGACAUGCUACGUACCCCCUGCGCUUUACAGUGCUUUCACCUGGCUGGGCUAUGUCAACAGUGCCCUCAACCCUGUUAUCUACACCACCUUCAACAUCGAGUUCAGACGAGCAUUCAUCAAGAUCCUGAGCUGCUGAGGAGGAUGGAGUACCGGGAUAUUAAAAUGGAAAUGAGGUCAUUCUCUGGGGUCAUAGACGUACACUGGACACUGUGAUGCGCAAUAAACUAACACGAAAGGGGAUUUUUACCUUUUUUUGAAUCAAACAGGGCUUGGAGUAGACAGUAUUAUUCCUCAGACAGUUUAUAAAACUACAUCUUAUUGAUAGCACAAGAAGCGGACUUAUCUUGUGGAUGUAUAAUGUACAGUAGGUGUACUGCUCAUCGGCACAGUUCCUCAGUACAUGACUUUUAUAUCGGUGUAAGUUGAGAAACUCUGAGAGUCACGAUGGAGCUUUAAGGUUGAUACAUCAAUCUGAGAGUGGGCUAUUUCUAAGGCCUACACCCAUCACACUGUGUGGAUUAACUGAUGUUACUCACCUCCCCCACUACAGCCCUUCAUCAUCAUCAUCGUCAUCAGUUACACACCAGUGCAUGCGCACUCACAGUUCACUUGAAUUGUGCUAGGAGGAUCGUAUUGAUUCCUGUCAGGACUUCCAUCAUUUUGAAGAUUGUCAUAUGUAUUGAUGUGGAGGCAUUGUGCUCUGUGUGGAGUCAUUAGAAUUAAACAUGGACAUUUUGAUGUAAUGCACAGUGGAAAUACUUUGUGGUUUUUUUUAAGGAUUGUGUGUUCACUGGCAAGCCUCAGUGUGAUUUAGAGCUGCCUGCUGGCUGUUCCAGUGUGCUGAUGAAGGCAGCAGCUUUGUGAUCUUAACAAAUCAAGCGGGAUUGUAAACCUACUAGUGGGCAGUUCUGUCAUGGACAGAAUAUCACUGCAGUGUGCUGUAAAUAAAGAGAGAUUCAAUGUUUUCCAGGCUUGCCAUUAUCUCUACACUUGCACACAGUUUUACACGUGAUUUAUACAGUACAUGUGUAAGUCUGAAUGCUGUUUGUGAUAAGUAAGAUCACAAGAUAGCAGUCAAUAGAGUGUUAGCGAGAUUUCUUGGAGGAACAAAUCCCAUAUGAGCAUAUAGUAUAUGAGGAGAUUUAAAGAGAAAAUGAUUUUAGAGAGGAGGAGAAGUGACACAAAAGGAGACAGAGAUAAAGGAUGAUAGGACAGCUUAGUGGGGAGGAGAAAAAUCAUAAAGAGAAAAAAAAACAGAAAGAACUUAAAGAAUAAUGAUCAAAGAUGAGUGUGGAAGAGAAAAAAGCAUAGAUGGAUUGUGGAUAGCUGUUUGAUGGGAGGAGAUUUUUCUCAGCGUACGUCUCAAGCUCUCACAUUUCUCUGAGAGCCACACACACCUGGUCCUGUGACACUAUGUACCAUUGUGUUGACUCUGGCUCAUCCCACUAAGAAUACUUACGAUGAUGACGCACCAGUGUGUGUAAUGACAAGAAUCUCCAGCUCUCUCCAGUCCAUAUUAGCACAUUCUCCAAAACCGUACAAACACUGUGACACAAAUUAUUUUAGAGUUGAAGAGUGUUGAUGUAAAAAUAAAUCCUUGUUGAUAGGAUGAGGAGUGUGCUCUCUUGUUUAAGUGUAGUAAAUAUGAGUUAAUGGAAUUCAUAAUGUAUUUCAGAUUCGAAUGCCUUGCAGCUAGGUUCAUGCGCUGUUGCCUGAAGCUACUUUAAUGCUCCCUAAAGACACAACUUUCAUUACUCCCCAUGAUGUGCAGCGGUUCAAUGCAUCAAACACACUGAUGACAUGGCAGUCCAUCUUUACCAGAAGUGAGGAUACAAAUGUUAAGAUUGUCCUGAGGUGGUGUUUUUGGAAAGGUUACAGAGAUUAAAAACAAAAGAUUUUAAACCUUGGGAGGAUGUAUGUAAGCAUUCAAUUUCAUGGCAAUCUGGCUCUUACAUUAAAAAAUAAAUAAAAAAUAACGCCUCGUGUGCAAAGUUGACAUUUUGUGCAGAAGAGGCUGCAAGCUCAUGUUAAGCUUAAGUCUGUAAAAUGGUGUGAGGUUUUUCCUUACUCAUUGCAGUUUCAUCUGAUGUUAAUGCAAAGCAGAAUAAUCAAGGAUUAAGUGUGAAAUCUUUUCCACUGAUGACAUUUUGACAUUUCAUAGUAGGGAUGUGACAGCCAUAAAUAAUGAGAUUAAACAUGUUUUAAUUCCAUUUGAUUGUUUCAGUUCAC